CACAAUCUUGCUAAUAUUUUUCAAAACAUUCAAGGAAUUAAACAAGUUUGCUCGAAAUGGAUCCCAGCAAAUCAUUCUCUGCAUCGUUGGCUUCUAGUACAGGAGGAGAGAGUUUGACGACGAAGGAACCUGGAGUUGAUCAAGAUCCUUCUCCAAUCUCAGGAAAAAUUUCUUCUAAAGCAAGCGCAGUGGAAAGAAGCAAAGGUGGUAGUCCAUCACCUGCAAGGCAGGGACAAGAUGGAGCGAAAAGUAGAGAUCCCUCUCCAAUCUCAGGGAAAAUUUCUUCCAAAGCAAGCGCAGUGGAAAGCAGCAAAGGUGGUAGUCGAUCACCUGCAAGACAGGAACCAGAUGGAGCGAAAAGUAGAGAUCCCUCUCAAAUCUCAGAAAAAAGUUCUUCCAAAGCAAGCGCAGUGGAAAGCAGCAAAGGUGGUAGUCCAUCACCUGCAAGACAGGGACCAGAUGGAGCGAAAAGUAGAGAUCCCUCUCAAAUCUCAGAAAAAAGUUCUUCCAAAGCAAGCGCAGUGGAAAGCAGCAAAGGUGGUAGUCCAUCACCUGCAAGACAGGGACCAGAUGGAGCGAAAAGUAGAGAUCUUUCUCCAAUCUCAGGAAAAAGUUCUUCCAAAGCAAGCGCAGUGGAAAGCAGCAAAGGUGAUAGUCCAUCAUCUGCAAAACAGGAACCAUAUGGAGCGAAAAGUAGAGAUCCCAGCAAAUCGUUCUCUGCAUCAUUGACCUCUAGAACAGCAGGAGAGAGUUUGACGACGAAGGAACCUGGAGUUGAUCAAGAUCCUUCUCCAAUCUCAGGAAAAAUUUCUUCUAAAGCAAGCGCAGUGGAAAGAAGCAAAGGUGGUAGUCCAUCACCUGCAAGGCAGGGACAAGAUGGAGCGAAAAGUAGAGAUGCUUCUCCAAUCUCAGGAAAAAAUUCUUCCAAAGCAAGCGCAGUGGAAAGAAGCAAAGGUGGUAGUCCAUCACCUGCAAGGCAGGGACCAGAUGGAGCGAAAAGUAGAGGCUCGGAUAUUCCCGGCACAUCAGGCAGUGAUCACAGUGGCAGUUCGGUUGAACAGGGACCUGAGAGUAAAGAGACUGGAGUUGAUCCAGAUCCUUCUCAAAUCUCUGAAAGAAUUUCUCCCGAACCAAGUGCGGUGGAAAGCAGCAAGGGUGGCAGUCCAUCACCAGCUCAAGAGAGACAGAAGGUGGCGAAAAGUAAAGCUAAUGAAAAAAAUGGCUCGGAUAUUCCCGGCACAUCAGGCAGUGAUCAGAGUGGACGUUCGGUUGAACAGGGAGCUGAGAGUAAAGAGACUGGAGUUGAUCCAGAUCCUUCUCGAAUCUCAGGGAAAAGUACUUCUGAACCAAAUGCAGUAGAAAGCAGCAAGGGUGGCAGUCCAGCACCAGCUAGAAAGAGACAGGAGGUGGCAAAAAGUGAAGAUCCUUCCCAAAUCUCAGCAAAAAGUUCUUCCAAACCAAGCUCAGUGAAAAGCGGCAAAGGUGGUAGCCCAUCAUCUGGAAGGCAGAGACCGGAGGGAGCGAAAAGUAAAGAUCCUUCUCAAAUCUUGGACAAAAGUUCUUCUGAACCAAGUGCAGUGGAAAAAAGCAACAAUGGCAGUCCAUCAUCAGCUAGAGAGAGAGAGGAGGUGGCAAAAAGCGAAGGUAAUAAUAGAAGAAAUGCUACAAUUAUAACAACGAGAUUUGGACUAUGUACAGCAAGCUCGGAUAUUCCCGGCACAUCAGGCAGUGGUCAGAGUGGACUUUCGGUUGAACAGGGAGCUGAAAGUAAAGAGACUGGAGUUGAUCCAGAUUCUUCUCAAACUUCAGAAAAAAGUACUUCUGAACCAAGUACAGUAGAAAUCAACAAGGGUGGCAGUCCAUCACCAGCUAGAAAGAGACAGGAGGUGGCAAAAAGUAAAGAUCCUUCCCAAAUCUCAGCAAAAAGUUCUUCCAAACCAAGCUCGGUGAAGAGAGGCAAAGAUGGUAGCUCAUCACCUGGAAGGCAGAGACCGGUUGUAGCGAAAAGUAAAGAUCCUUCUCAAAUCUUGGACAAAAGUUCUUCUGAACCAAGUGCAGUGGAAAAAAGCAACAAUGGCAGUCCAUCAUCAGCUAGAGAGAGAGAGGAGGUGGCAAAAAGCGAAGGCUCGGCUAUUCCCAGCACAUCAGGCAGUGAUCAGAGUGGACAUUUGGUUGAACAAAGAGUUGAGAGUAAAGAGUCUGGGGAUGAUCAAGGCUCGGAUAUUCCCGGCACAUCAGGCAGUGAUCAGAGUGGACGUUCGGUUGAACAGGGAGCUGAGAGUAAAGAGACUGGAGUUGAUCCAGAUCCUUCUCGAAUCUCAGGAAAAAGUACUUCUGAACCAAAUGCAGUAGAAAGCAGCAAGGGUGGCAGUCCAGCACCAGCUAGAAAGAGACAGGAGGUGGCAAAAAGUGAAGAUCCUUCCCAAAUCUCAGCAAAAAGUUCUUCCAAACCAAGCUCGGUGAAGAGAGGCAAAGAUGGUAGCUCAUCACCUGGAAGGCAGAGACCGGUUGUAGCGAAAAGUAAAGAUCCUUCUCAAAUAUUGAACAAAAGUUCUUCUGAACCAAGUGCAGUGGAAAGUAGCAACAAUGGCAGUCCAUCAUCAGCUAGAGAGAGAGAGGAGGUGGCAAAAAGCGAAGGCUCGGCUAUUCCCAGCACAUCAGGCAGUGAUCAGAGUGGACAUUUGGUUGAACAAAGAGUUGAGAGUAAAGAGUCUGGGGAUGAUCAAGAUCCUUCUCAAAUCUCGGAAAAAAGUUCUUCCAAACCAAGUGCAGUGGAAAGCAGCAAAGGUGGUAGCCCAUUAUUACCUGCAAGCAGGAGAGAGGGAGAGGACGAGAAAAUUCAAGAUUCUUCUCAAAUCUCGGAAAAAAGUUCUUUCGAACCAAGCGCAGUGGAAAGCAGCAAAGGUGGUAGCCCAUUAUUACCUGCAAGUCAGAGAGAGGGGGAGGAGGGGAAAAUUCAAGAUCCUUCUCAAAUCUCGGCGAAAAUUUCUUCCAAACCAAGCGCAGUGGAAAUCGGAAAAGGUGGUAGCCUAUCACCUGGAAGGCAGAAAUCGGAAGGGGCGAAAAGUGAAGAUUCUUCUCAAAUCUCGGGUAAAGUUUCUUCCAAACCAAGCGCAGUGGAAAGCAGCAGCAAGGGCGGCAUUCCUUCACCAGCUCAAGAGAGACAGAAGGUGGCAAAAAGUAAAGGCUCGGAUAUUCCCGGCACAUCACGCAGUGAUCAGAGUGGACGUUCUGUUGAACAGAGAGCUGAGAGUGAAAAGUCUGGAGUUGAUCAAGAUCCUUCUCAAAUCUCAGGAAAAAGUUCUUCUGAACCAAAUGCAGUAGAAAGCAGCAAGGGUGGCAGUCCAUCACCAGCUAGAAAGAGACAGGAGGUGGCAAAAAGUGAAGAUCCUUCCCAAAUCUCAGCAAAAAGUUUUUCCAAACCAAGCUCAGUGAAAAGAGGCAAAGGGGGUAAUCAAUCACCUGGAAGGCAGAGUCCGGAGGGAGCGAAAAGUAAAGAUCCUUCUCAAAUAUUGAACAAAAGUUCUUCUGAACAAAGUGCAGUGGAAAGUAGCAACAAUGGCAAUCCAUCAUCAGCUAGAGAGAGAGAGGAGGUUGCAAAAAGCGAAGGCUCGAAUAUUCCCGGCACAUCAGGCAGUGGUCAGAGUGGACGUUCGGUUGAACAGGGAGCUGAGAGUAAAGAGACUGGAGAUGAUCCAGGCUCGGAUAAUCCCGGCACAUCAGGCAGUGGUCAGAGUGGACGUUCGGUUGAACAGGGAGCUGAGAGUAAAAAGACUGGAGUUGAUCCAGAUCCUUCUCAAAUCUCUGAAAAAAUUUCUCCCAAACCAAGUGCGGUGGAAUGCAGCAAGGGUGGCAGUCCAUCACCAGCUCAAGAGAGACAGAAGGCGGCAAAAAGUAAAGGCUCAGAUAUUCCCGACACAUCAGGCAGUGGUCAGAGUGGACGUUCGGUUGAACAGGGAGCUGAGAGUAAAGAGACUGGAGAUGAUCCAGAUCCUUCUCCAAUCUCAGAAAAAAGUACAUCUGGACCAAAUGCAGUAGAAAGCAGCAAGGGUGGCAGUCCAGCACCAGCAAGAAAGAGACAGGAGGUGGCAAAAAGUAAAGAUCCUUCCCAAAUCUCAGCAAAAAGUUCUUCCAAACCAAGCUCGAUGAAAAGAGGCAAAUGUGGUAGCCCAUCACCUGGAAGGCAGAGACCGGUGGUAGCGAAAAGUAAAGAUCCUUCUCAAAUCUCAGGCAAAAUAUCUUCUGAAUUGAGCGCAGUGGAAAGCAGCAAGGGUGGUAUCCCAUCACCUGCAAGACAAAGAAGCGAGAUGGCAAAAAGUAGAGGCUCGGAUAUUUCCGGCACAUCAGACAGUGAUCACAGUGGACGUUCGGUUGAACAGAGAGCUGAGAGUAAACAAUCCGGAGUUGGUCAAGGCUCGGAUAUUCCCGGCACAUCAGACAGUGAUCACAGUGGACGUUCGGUUGAACAGGGAGCUGAGAGUAAAGAGACUGGAGUUGAUCAAGAUCCUUCUCAAAUCUCAGGAAAAAGUACUUCUGAACCAAAUGCAGUAGAAAGCAGCAAGGGUGGCAGUCCAGCACCAGCUAGAAAGAGACAGGAGGUGGCAAAAAGUAAAGAUCCUUCCCAAAUCUCAGCAAAAAGUUCUUCCAAACCAAGCUCGGUGAAAAGAGGCAAAGGUGGUAGCCCAUCAUCUGGAAGGCAGAGACCGGUGGUAGCGAAAAGUAAAGAUCCUUCUCAAAUCUCAGGCAAAAUAUCUUCUGAAUUAAGCGCAGUGGAAAGCAGCAAGGGUGGUAUCCCAUCACCUGCAAGACAAAGAAGCGAGAUGGCAAAAAGUAGAGAUCCUUCUCAAAUCUCAGAAAAAAUUUCUCCCAAACCAAGUGCGGUGGAAAGCAGCAAGGGUGGCAGUCCAUCACCAGCUCAAGAGAGACAGAAGGUGGCGAAAAGUAAAGGCUCGAAUAUUUCCAGCACAUCAGGCAGUGAUCAGAGUGGACGUUCUGUUGAACAGAGAGCUGAGAGUAAAACGUCUGGAGUUGAUCAAGAUGCAACUUCACUCGCACAAUCUGAGGAAGAGGAGACAGUGUCCAAUGUUCCACCACCCAAGCUCGGUGCAUCUCCAUUUGAUCCUCAAUCAGCUGAGCAAAAUCCAGAGCCACAAGGGGCAACAGCAGAUGCAACUUCACUCUCACAAUCUGAGGAAGAGGAGACAGUGUCCAAUGUUCCACCACCCAAGCUCGGUGCAUCUCCAUUUGAUCCUCAAUCAGCUGAGCAACAUCCAGAGCCACAAGGGGCAACAGCAGGUGAAGGAGACAAUGAGAGAUUUGAAGACGCUUGCACUGAUAUCUUGAAGAGAUUUCCAACUUUUAAACAUUUCAAAAUGUUUGCACAAGCUGGGACAGGUCUCGCACUCAGUAUCAAUGAAAUCUCAACAAUUAUUGAAGAUAAUGCAAGUUCUGUUGAAGAUCAAAAGUUUGAGAUGCUUCAACUUUGGAAAGAAAAAAAUGGAUCAAAUGCAACAUCCAGAUAUAUCAGAGAGGUUGUUGAGAAACAUCUCAAGGCAGAGAAUAGUGGUGUCACCGGUUCCAGAAUCGAAGAUGCUUUUCUGGAAGUUCCGAAAGUAUUUGCCAACGCUGCGCAGUUUAAAAGAUUUGCAUUGUCUAGGAAAGGUUUAUCGCUCAGUAUGCUGGAAGUCGAAAACAUAAAGGACAAUGCAAGAUCUGUUGAAGAAAGGAAUCUGCAAAUGUUGACUCAGUGGAAAUACAAGAAUGGUGAAUCAGCAACAACUGAAAAAAUCUGGCAACUAGUAGAUGGUUUCCUGAAUAAAGAUGAUGAAUCUAACCAAGAUUCUCCUCAUCCAACAACACUCGCACAAUCUGUGGAAGAGGAGAGAGUGUCUAAUGUUCCACUCAGUUCAUCUCUACCUCAAUCAGCCGAUCAACUUCCAAAGCCACAAGGGUCACCUGGAGGUGAAGUUGCACGAUGUGAAGAACCGAAAAGAGUGUCCAGGGUUCCAUCACCUCAACUUGGUGCAUCUCCAUUUGGUUCCGGUUCAUCUGAACCACUUGUGGAUCCACGAGGAGCAACUGGAGGAGAAGCUGCAAGUGGCUCUGGAAAUAUGACACCCUCUGGCGCACAUGAACAUCAGGAACAUCCGCUACUGUUCCUACAACCCAUAUCCAUCACCACAACACUCCUGAUCGCCAUAGACCUUCUGACACUCAACCAGCCAAUACAUCAAGUGAGCAGGAAGCAGCUGUAGGAGAAAAAGUCCAAGAAUUCAAGGAUGCCAUCAACGAUUUAACUAGGAGAAGUGCAAAGCCCAUCGAAAAGAAGUAUCUCAAAACCCCCGAUUUCAGAACCAA